GGCAUUCUCAAUUCAUAAAUCCCUAAACCGCCUUGGACACACCAGAGACUGAUCCUUCGAUGGCUACAACCRACAACCUCCGUGGCUCUGCGGUACACAGAAUUCCAUUGGUGGUUGAAUUUAAUCAUCGGAAACUCCAGAAGUCAAAGAUUCUGUGAAUGAAAUGGUAAUGGAAUCGGCUAAAGAAGCUUCUGGUCAUACGGGUUCAGAGGGAAAGCCUAAUGACACGGGUGAGAACAAGGAAAUAAAAGCACGUGUUGAUGCCAUGUGGGAGCAAAUGAAUAAAGGAAUAUCUAAUAAAAUGCUAAAAUGUCUGUCAACCAAACGAUGUCCAGCUGUGAAUAGAAACUCAAAGAAGCCAUCCAAUAAUUGGAUUGCAUAUCUUGGCAUGGAAUCAAAGAAGAUUGAACCUCAAGGGAAAGAUAUAUCAUCGGAAGGAUCCAAGGUUCUGCAGAACAGUUCUAUUGAUGAUGCUAAGAUGCUUGCUGCCACUGCUCUCUCAGCUGUUAGGGAUGCUCCAGCUACUAUUUCUGGGAGGGGGAAAGUUGAGAUCACAGAGAUAAGAGACUUUGCGGGCCAAAAUAUUGAAAUUAAGAAGUUUGUAGAUGCUGAUUCAAAGGAGGCAUAUGAGAAGGCAAAGGCAGGUGCUACUUCAGGGGUUGAUGCAGUUCUGGAACAAAUUAAGAAGAAACAAAAGCUUAGUGUUCUGGACAAGACAAAAAAGGACUGGGGAGAGUUCAAGGAAGAAAACAAGGGACUGGAAGAGGACUUGGAUGCUUACAAGAAGAGCUCAAACCAGUACCUGGAGAAAGUUUCUUUCUUGCAGCGAACUGAUUACAGGGAAUUUGAACGAGAGAGGGAUGCACGGUUGGCUUUGCAGGCCAGGAGGAGGCCUGAUAUGCGAGAGGAGCCAUGAUUAAAGCCAGUACCCGAAGCUAGAGAAUUCUUGUGCGGAUCAUUUUCCAACAGGCAGUGUGAUCUGCUCGGCUGAUGCGGAUAUGAUAAUAGAGUGAUACUGGUUUAGUUGGUUCCUUGGCGCAUUCAAAUCUGCUUGGCAAAAACUGUAAGCUGUGCGUCCAUGUAAAUCAGAGAAAUUGCAGUACUUUGUAGUUCCAUAAUCGGUAUCWGCUCCUACCGUCAAUUCCUGUAGCAGUCAUGUUUCAUUCUUCUGUUAUGUAUAGGACAUGUUUGUUUAAAUAUUCUCCAUCUGGAAAAAAUUAAAGAAAUUUGACAACAUUGUGGAUCAAAUGUUAAGAGUUAAAACUCUGUCCGCUUUGCUUAUAAGUGAGAAGAGAAUGCAUUCUUGCUAUUUAAGCAA